GAGAAGAGUUUUAUAAUUCAUAUGUCGUGUUAAACUCAAUAAUUCUGUGAAAGUGUAGACUUGGGUCUCAUUAUUUGGCUCCCGAGCAGAUGAACAAAUUUCAGGAUCUGAAACUAGGUGGUGACAGCGAACCAAAAGCCCGGGCUUCAUACGAGUGCAGUGAGUGAGCGCCCCUUAGAGCCGCCUUCUCAGUCGGGACGAGACACUUUGAGGGGCAGCAGUGCGAGGGGACGCCCAGCGCAGAUUGGAAGCGGAGAUGGAGUCUGAAAACAUCGAGUUGAACGGCGGCAGGAUGGGGGGUAACGGCGAGCGUGCAAACAGGAGAAGAGAAAACCAAUCCAUCAAUUUCAAUCACUAUGCCAACAAGAAGAGUGCAGCAGAAAGCAUGCUGGAUGUCGCAUUAUUAAUGGCAAAUGCAUCUCAGCUCAAAGCAGUGGUUGAUCAAGGAUCCAGCUUCAGUUACUAUGUGCCUCUCAUCAUUCUCAUUGGAAUGUCGCUCGUAUUUCAAGUUAUCGUGGGCAUCUUAUUAAUAUUCAUUGUUAAAUAUGAUCUGAAUGACCCCAGGAAGCAAGGCAAGCUGGACAUCCUCAACAACAUUACCACAGGCCUAGUGUUCAUAAUUGUCAUUGUGAACAUUUUCAUUACAGCGUUUGGAGUGCAGAGACCUCUUUAGCAACCUCUAAAAUAAGCUGAUGAUGAAACACAAGGAAUGACAAAAGGAAAUGGACACCGCAUGCAUCCCUGGCAGUGUCAAUACUAAGAAGAAAGAGCUGUAGGAGGCCUGCCAUAUCACAACAUCACCCUGAGCACCAGGCUUGGGUUAAAAUAAAUGUAUCUGUUGAUUAAAACAUCUUAAUAAUUACUUAAAAAGUAUUUUAACUUAUUCAGUUUUACAUAAUGCAGCCCUCUAUCAUUUCUAUUGUUACAUUUUAAGAAUAACAUUGAUCAUCACUGGAAUAUGUGGCUCAUAAAAAUUAAGCAAAAAAUAUUUCUUGUAAUUUAUGAUCAGAAGCAUCUGCACCUUAUAAAAUAAAUGUUAUUUUGAGUGUUCAGAGUUAAGAAAUCAGUAAUUGAUUAAAUUAGAAAUGAUUAAAUAUGUUCAACCAACCAAAAAAUGGGACUUUAAAAUACAGUCUUUAAAUAGUAACAUCACAGAAGAAUACAGACAAGAAAAUACCAGGAGUAGACCACUCAGCCCUUAAAGCCUCCCCGCCAAUCAAUAUGAUCAAGGCUAAUCUGCUCCAGGCUUCAACACCUCUUCUGUGUCAGUUCAACAAAGCCCUCAAUUCUCUGAUCUUUAAAAACUUACCUACCUCCUCUUUACCUCCAUUGACCUAGCCUACACAACACUUAGGUCAAUUCCAGAGAUUCACCAUUCCUUGUGAGGAGAAAUUCCAAAGGACCUCAAAUCACCAUCUGCUGUCUUGUGACGUCGUACUUCGGCACUGCCUGUGGCUGUGACCCAGUGAUCCCCACUCUCAUAGACCCCCGCUCUUCACUAACAGCCCCAAGAUCCUAUGCUGUCCAAGGCUCCCUCCAUCCACUCACCAGGCCCUGUGUCUCCCCACUCCCCCAGACUCCCACUCUCCUCUCACUGGACCUGUGCCCCCUGCUCUCCGAGACACCCUGUAUCCACUCACUGGACCUGUGUCUCUCCAGAUUCCCAUCUCUGCCCACUAGGCCCGUGCCUCUCCACUUUCUCAGGGUCUCUUUAUCCAUUCACUGGCCUAUGUCUCCAUUUCAGAAUGUUGUCUGGUUUGAUAUAUCAAUAGGUUGUUUCAAUAUGUAACAAAAUACAAACACAGACCAUGGCUUGCUUAAGAUGUGGUCAUACAUUUUAAAUGUUUUUUUUAGUCACUCAGGUCAUUUACAUAAUAGGGACAAGUAGUGGAUAUACGGUAUUUUCAGAAAAUUGUUGCUUCUCUUAUUUCCCUCUAAAGAGCUCAUUUAGUUCUUGAUGUUAUAUCAUUCACAUUUAUGUAAAAUGGUCCAAAUCUCUGGAUUUCCUUUUCCCCUUUUCUGCUCUUUGAAUUUAGUUUUUACUUUGCUCUGUCUCUUUAAUGGAAGAUUAUUUUCAUAUCAAAAAGCAGUCUUUUUUUUAAUCUGCCUUAUUUUAAUAUUGAUGUUUAAGUUUAUCUUAUGUGUCACCUUUAUCUACUUCCAAAUUUUGUUUCCAUUGAACUUAAUUUUGAAAGUGAAGGACAUGUUUAACACAAGUGAUUGAGGAUGAAUUUCUGCCUUUUGGAGUGUUAGACAGAAAAGUGAUCAUUUGGAAUGAAUUAUGAAUAAACUAAAAACAAUUUAACAAAAUAAUUGGCUCACUUUGGCAGGUGAUGUACUUAAAAUGUUUCAAAAUUUACAGUUUAAAAAUGUGCAUAAACUGCAGUGAAUAUGCUUUCAUAAUUUCUCGUAUGUUUAGGCAUUAAAGUUUGUGUUCACAGUAUGGCUUUUAUUUUCCUUUCCCAUUUAUGUCUUUUUUGUUUCUUGUGAUACUACUCAACCCUGAGCCACAUUGCUCUGUCACAGCAGACAUGCCAGAAAACUCCCUAAGUGUUGUCCCACAUUCUCUGUAGCUCCAUGGGGAUUCAAAGUAGUUUUACCACCCAAGAUUAACCACCCAGUCAUUAAAAUCAUGUGUUUUCUAAAAGACUGUUUAACUGCAGAGCUUGCAUUAUCUGCUCCUCUAUAGUCAAAAAAGUAGUUGCCUUCAGCAUGUACAGAAACUAAGACCCAGUUAAUUGUAUGGAAAAGAUACUGAAAUGUGUCCACCUAGAAAUGUAUAUUAAAUCAAUUAUGUAAUUUCCAGAAAGAUGUUCUCAACAUCUUUCACCUAAAAGGUCAUCCCAUUGGACAGGAGCAGAUCAAAUAAAGAGAUUUGAACAAAUUGUCAGCUGUGACUUAUACGUCAACCCAAGAUCACAGUACUGUAAAGGAUGGCUUCAUUAGUCGGCUUUUGUACUUCAUUUGUGGUCUGAAUCAGAUUACAAAACAUGUUGAUUUUUAAACUGCUGCCUUACAUUCCAGACUUUAUUGUUUAAUGUGUAAAAGUGAACAAUGAUAGCAACAAUGGAUUUGAAAUCAGUUUACUGUGUUUUCUAUUUUCUAUCAGUAUGUACUGUUUAUGUUGAUCAUAUUGCCCAGUGUAUACUUAGACAAGUCUUCUGUUUAUUAACAAUGUUUAGAUGUGUUUCUUUUUGGAUAAUUAUAUGUUAAUGUAAUCUAUUUACAUGAUUUUGCUUUAACAUUUCCCUUUAAAGUAAAACAAAACUGGAUUUACAAAACAAUGUAAGUUUUAUGAUAUUAAUGCUCUAGACUUAGAAAGUACUAAAGAGGAACUAUGCAUUAGUGAGGGAUUGAUGAACACAUUCCUGCUACAAUACUGCUCUGGGAGGUAACUUCAUAGAAUAGGCAUGUGGCCCUUAAAAAAUAUUUCACAAACUGAAGAGAGUAUUUUAUGAGCAUGCAAUAACUUAAAAUACUGUCUAUAAUUAUAAUUGACCCACGAGAAUUACAGAUUUUGUAUGAUUCCAGACUUCCUAUUUCUGCACCAGAAAAUGAGAAAUGUAACCAGGAAUUCACUUCCAGUAAGUCAAGCAUGAGCACUGAGGAAAUGCUGACUUUCCAGGACUGGGUGUGCACUGAGACUGUGUAUAGUCUUUGAGACUGUGCACUGGCUGUAAAAUGAAUCAAACUGUUGUGUUCAGAUAAGGAGCCACAGGUUUGAUGUUUUUCACAAUUAUGAUCAAUUAAUACUGAAUGUUUCAAUGUAGGAUAUUUCUAUCAUAUUUAAAAAGAAGCAAAAAAUACACUUGGAUAUAAAUUCAUUUUGACUUGACCUCAUAACAGGCAAUAGUGAACUGGCAGUUUCUAUUACACCCCACCUCGUUUUUUAUAUUCAUUGAAGUAAAUUGAAAACAAAUUCAAGAAAGGGCAAAAUGGACAUAACAGUACCAGAGCAUGUAUUUCUGUUCUACUGCCUAAGACAUUUUCAUAGUUCCAGUGAUCUUUUACUGUAUAGUUGUUGGAUUCCUUUCAAGUUUGUCGUAUGCUACAAAUUCAGUCAGAUGCAUUCAUAUUCUGUAGACAUUACUUCCGUAGGAUAGAAUGCAGAGUUAUAGUUGCAUUUUUCCAAGCUAUAGUUUAACUUUUCAAGGAAUGGUUACGCAACAAAGAUGAUAAAAUAAAAAAACAAAAAUAAAAAUCAUAAGUAUUAAAACGGCAAUGAAGAUCCAGUGUUAGUAUCUACACCAGCUACAUAUAUUCAAAAUCCCUUGGUGGAGAAAUUUAUCUUUUGUCAGCAACAUUAAACAUAUGGUUAUCUUGGCUUCCAGACAUUUGAUUCCAUUCACUUCAUUGACUUGAAUUAGAAUUGCAUUUGUGGGAUUAAGUACAACAGGUAACUGAUACUCUUACACUUGUUCAGUACUAGGGACCAAAGGGGAAUUUUGCCCCUUUUUCAAUUUCAGCUCCACCUGACUGUAAAAAUGUAUUUGUUUUUAAAUAUUGUAAUUCAUAAAUAAUAUACUUUCUUUAAUAAAAUGCAUCUAUUAUUGUA